AUGAUAAAAAGUCGAAGAGCCCGUGAUGCGCAGUUAGGGGCGCCGUUGCCGGAAUCGUCGGGUUCGUCGCCGCUGCACAAUGUCUCUGGCAGCUCCGAUGAGAAAUCCAUGCAACAGCAGCAUAUCAAUGGUGCACUGUCUCCGCUGCACACUCGACGCGGACCACAUGGCACUGGCGCAUCCACAGCGCCCGAUUUUGCGGAGUUCGAUUAUCGUCGUGAGUGCCCUCGUUUGGUGGCUGUGGCGGAGGAGGAGAAGUUCGAUGAUAUUGUUGCAGCUUUUGCUGACUUGGAUAAAUUACAGGAGGAAUUAGAACACAUUUUAAUACAUACAACAGAUCAUCAAAAGAAAAUUUGCGGAGAGAUUACAUUUAUCAACACGGGGGAUUACCCUGCGAAUGAUAUAUCAAGACGACCGAUGCCUGUAUACGAGCUGAAUGCCUUGGAGCCGAUUCCAGGCUGCAGCACAACUUCCAAUAAGACAGCAGAAAACCCCUAUGGGGAAAUGGAUUCGCCCGAUGAUAACUUUGACGUCUGGCCGCCCGUUAAUUUACCCCGAAAAUUCUGGGUAUUUGUGCGUGAAUAUCUCGAUCCCAUAGAUGAGGAAUAUUUACAGCUGUGGUGGUCAGACAUUGUGCAACUGUUUUAUGCUGAUGACGAUGAUGGUCGCGAUUUACCUCCCAGGCUUUUCCCAAGUAUUUGA